AUGGGGAAGAAGGAGAACGAGAUGUCAGCGAUGGAGAUCGACGAUCCCAAAUCCGACGGCUCUGAACAGAUCAUUCCGAGAUUCUCGAUGAACGUUUUGCAGAUCAUGAAAUCUUCUCAGGCGCAACAUGGUCUGCGUCGUGGUGACUAUACUCGUUACCGGAGGUACUGCUCAGCACGGUUGAGGAGGCUAUACAAGUCGUUGAAAUUUACUCAUGGACGUGGUAAAUACACUCGCCGAGCCAUUCUUGAAUCAACUGUCACUGAUGUUAGGUUUCUUCAUGUGGUUUUCUAUAUGGCGGAAAGAGCGUGGAGUCAUGCGAUGGAGAAGAGGCAGCUACCGGAUGGGCCUAAUGCAAGGCAGAGGAUAUAUUUAAUUGGUAGGUUGAGGAAGGCAGUGAAAUGGGCUUCGCUUUUCUCGAGUCUGUCCUCUAUUAAGACGGAUUCCAGGACAUCUUUGGAAGCUGAGGCAUAUGCUUCGUAUAUGAAAGGCACCCUGUUGUUUGAGCAAGAUCAGAAUUGGGAAACUGCGUUGGCAUGUUUCAAAAACGCCAGUGCUGUUUACGAGGAACUCGGGAAAUAUGGUGAUCUGGAGAACCAAGUUCUUUGUCGGGAACGGGUUGAGGAGCUUGACCCCAGUAUUCGAUACUGCCUACUCAAAAUCGGCAAAACAAACUUGCAGACAUCUGAACUACGUCAGAUUGGCGAGAUGGAAGGUCCUGCAUUGGAUCUUUUCAAAGCAAAGAUUGAGGCUGCUAUGGAAGAGGCCAGAUCUCAACAAGCUGCAUCUCUUACAGAGUUUAAUUGGCUUGGCUACAGAUUUCCAGUUUCCAACCCAAAAUCUCGGGUUUCUAUAUUAAAAGCACAAGAUCUUGAGAAGGAGCUACAGGGUCCAGGAGCAGAGUCUCUCCCUGCUGAGAAAAAGCUGACCAUGUAUGAUAAAUUAUUCACUGCAUAUAAUGAUGCGAGGAGCACCAUACGCAGUGACUUGGUAAGUGCAGGAAAUGCUGAAUCUGUUAAAGAUGAUCUGAAUGGUCUGGACAAAGCUGUUGGAGCUGUGCUAGGACAAAGAACCAUUGAAAGGAACCAGUUGUUAGUUAAAAUAGCAAAGAGUAAACUGAACAAGAAACGUGAUGAGAAAACUGAAAAGGUUACCAAGCCUGAAGAGCUUGUUCGAUUGUAUGACCUUCUGUUACAGAAUGUCGCUGAUCUUUCUGACCUCAUUAGCUCUGGAAGAGACAGGAAACCUGAAGAGAUUGCCUUCGAAGAAGAGUGUCAGCGCAAAAGCUUAGCCUUUCGUGCUGAAAGGUGCUUCUAUUUGGCAAAGUCAUAUAGCCUAGCAGGAAAAAGGGUUGAGGCUUAUGCCUUAUAUUGUCGAGCUCGAUCUCUUGCUGAAGAUGCCCUGAGCAAGUUUCAGAGCAUAGCAAAUAAAGAUGAGGGAAUAAUCCAGGAACUGAAGGCACUGAGCAAAGAAUGCAGAGCUAAUAGUUGCAUAGAACACGCGACAGGGAUCAUGGAGGAAGAGAAGGCGCCAGAGAAUCUGUCAAAGAAAAUCUCAACUAUAUCUCUAAACGAUACAGCCACUAAGGUGGAGAAAUACCUGGUAGAUAAACUGGAAAUGUAUGAAUCAGCAGUUGGAGAUGCGAACACAAAAAUGGCACCAAAGAUCGAACGGUUCCCUCCUGCAUUCCAGUCUAUACCUCGUAACCCGAUUGUUCUAGACUUGGCCUACAAUUGCAUUGACUUCCCGGUACUUGACGAAAGGAAGAAGAAAGUCCAGAGAGGUUUCAUUAGUCGUCUCUGGGGCUGA